CUUCCUCAGGCAUCAGAGCAGAGACCUCAGGGAGAUCAGAGCCCAGCUCGCCAGCCACUGAGCUAGAAGCCCCGUCAUGGCACCCCUGAGACCCCUUCUCAUGCUGGCCCUGCUGGCAUGGGUUGCUCUGGCUGACCAAGACUCCUGCAAGUAUCGCUGCACCGAGGGCUUCAACCCCGACAAGAAGUGUCAGUGUGACGAGCUCUGCUCUUACUACCAGAGCUGCUGCAUGGACUAUAUGACUGAGUGCAAGCCCCAAGUGACUCGUGGGGAUGUGUUUGUCAUGCCGGAGGAUGAGUACGGGGUCAGUGACUAUGAUGAGGAGAACAAAAACACCACCACCACGCAUCCACAGCCAGGAGGGCCCUCCAUGACCCAUGACCUCCAGGCCCAGCCUGAAGGGCAUCCUGAGCACCCACCUGUUAUGACCUCAAGCCUUGAUACCCUUGAUCAAGGGGCCUCUGAGACCCUAGCAGAGGAGGAGCUGUGCAGCGGGAAACCCUUUGAUGCCUUCACUGACCUCAAAAACGGUUCCCUCUUUGCCUUCCGAGGGCAAUACUGCUAUGAACUGGAUGAAAAGGCAGUAAGGCCUGGAUACCCCAAGCUCAUCCGAGAUGUCUGGGGCAUUGAGGGCCCCAUCGAUGCCGCCUUCACCCGCAUCAACUGUCAGGGGAAGACCUACCUCUUCAAGGGUAGUCAGUACUGGCGCUUUGAGGAUGGUGUCCUGGACCCUGGUUACCCCCGAAAUAUCUCUGACGGCUUUGAUGGCAUUCCGGACAACGUGGAUGCAGCCUUGGCCCUCCCUGCCCAUAGUUACAGUGGCCGGGAGCAGGUCUACUUCUUCAAAGGGAAACAGUACUGGGAGUACCAGUUCCAGCACCAGCCCAGUCGGGAGGAAUGUGAAGGCAGCUCCCUGUCGGCAGUGUUUGAGCAGUUUGCCAUGAUGCAGCGGGACAGCUGGGAGGACAUCUUCGAGCUUCUCUUCUGGGGUAGAAGCUCUGCUGGUACCAGACAACCCCAGUUCAUCAGCCAGGAGUGGCACGGUGUGCCAGAGCAAGUGGACGCAGCCAUGGCUGGCCACAUCUACGUCUCAGGCAUAGCACCCCGCCCCUCCUUGGCCAAGAAGCAAAAGUUUAAGCAUCGCAACCGCAAAGGCUACCGUUCACGCCGAGGUCGUAGCCGUGGCCAACAGCAGAACUCCCGCCGGCCAUCCCGAGCUACUUGGCUGUCCUUAUUCUCCAGUGAUGAAAGUGACUUGGGAAUCAACUCUUAUGAUGGGAUGGACUGGCUUGUGCCUGCCACCUGUGAACCCAUCCAGACUGUCUUCUUCUUCUCUGGAGACAAGUACUACCGAGUCAACCUUCGCACACGGCGAGUGGACACUGUGGACCCUCCCUACCCACGCUCCAUCGCUCAGUACUGGCUGGGCUGCCCAGCUCCUGGCCGUCUGUAGGAGUCAGAGCCCACAUGGCCAGGCCCUCUGUAGCUCCCUCCUCUAAUCUCCUUCCCCCAGCCCAAUAAAGGUCCCUUAGCCAUGA